AUGGGGAGUUUCAAAGGUCAUGCCCUCCCUGGAGGCUUCUUCUGUUUCAUGAGCCUGUGGUGGAGUUCAAAAUACUCUUUGAAGUAUGCCUGUAAAAAGUACAAGCGAACUUGCUAUCUUGGCUCCAAAACAUUAUUCCAUCAAAUAGAGAUUUUGGAAGGAAUCCUCAUAAUUGGCAUGGCUUUAGUUGGUAUGACUGGGGAACAGUUUAUCACUGGAGGGCCUUACCUGACCUUAUACAACUAUAAAGAAGGCCAGUGGAAUCAGCUCUUGGGCUGGCAGCAUUGCACUAUGUAUUUCUUCUUUGGGCUGUUUGGUGUGACAAACAUCAUAUGUUACACCAGUCGUAUAUUUCCUGUUUCCUUAACCAAGUUAAUGUUGUCAAGUGCCUUUUUAAUUGAGGGUUUUAUUUUCUUCAAUCACACUCAUGGCCGAGACAUGCUGGACACCUAUGUGCACCAGCUGCUGUUCCUGGCCAUCAUUACAACAGGCCUAAUUAUCUUCAUAAAUUUAUUUAGGAACAACAUACUUUUGGAACUUUUAAUGACAAGCUUAAUCAUGCUUCAAGGAACUUGGUUCUGGCAGAUUGGUUUCAUACUGUAUUCCCCCUAUGGAGGUCUUGUAUGGGAGCCAACGGACCAUGACAACCUUCUUUUCCUCACCAUAUGCUUUUGUUGGCAUUAUGCAGUCAGUCUUGUCGUCAUGGGAUUGAAUUUUUCCUUUAUCUCCUGGUUGGUCAAAUCUAAACUUAAGAGAUUCUGCCCCUCAGAAGUUGGACUCCUGAAAAAUGCUGACCGAGAACAGGAAUCUGAAGAAGAGAUGUGA